CAUAGCUCUAGUGUAGCUAGAAAGAACACAGGGCGCUCCGGUGUUAUGUACCAGAAGCUUCAUAGCAGCAUCCUUGCACUUCACUGCUUCGACAGUCGACCUUACUGAUCAUACUCGAUCAACACCCACAAUUCCCUCCAGUAUGGAAGCUAUCGAAACUUAGCGAUGGUAAGGCGCAGGUUCGAUAUUGACGUCGGCACCGGCAACGCUCACAAAUCCUUCCCUGUUUUCGCCAAUCUCCUCACCCACCGUUCGAGGUUCUUCGAAACAGCCCCCUCAGCCGGUUGGAAGGAAGUAGGAGAGUGUGUGGUGAAGCUUCUAGAUUCUCACCUGGCUGUGUUCGCGCUAUAUUUGCACCACGUCUACAAAGGUGACUUGCCCGUUAUACCGGAUCCUAAACCGGCCGAAGAUCAGACAUAUUUGAUCCACCUCGGAGCAGCGGAACGUCUGCACCUUGCGAAGCUGUAUGCAUUUGCCGAGUGUCUUCAGUAUAUCAGAACGAAGAAUGCAGGCAUCAAAGCGUUUGUCGCCGCAACAUUCAAGAUGCAAGCAUACGGAAAGUGGUGGGCCCCACGCCUAGGUCCUGUGAAUACAAUCUGCCAAGGUACCCCACCAAAGUCACUUAUGCGACGGGUGCUGGUGGAAUGUUACACAGAGUUCACGAAAGUGCACUGUACUGGGGAGGAGUUACAGUUCUAUGCCGAGUUGGUGCAGGAGCUGGCGUUUAGCCUUUUGGAGCUCGGCGCCGAGUUCAUCACGCAUCGUGACAACAAGCAUGACAAGAAAAAGAAACAUUGGAAGAAGCAUCAUCCCGAGGAGUAUCUGGGGGAAGAAACAGGAGAAACGGCAUAAGCUUGGUCAGAGGUUGACGUUCACAGCCAUCGGCCUUGGGCCCUAAGGAAACGAGUUGACUGACUAAUCAGCACUUACAUCAAGCGCAUUGUUGCGAAACACCGGUUUCUAGAACCUAUGCACGAAUGGAAUUGGCUUUGUUAUGAAAGUAAUGAAGACUGCUCGUCAGUCUGAGGAAGUUGUCUCACAAAAGUUUGAACGUCACGCAGUGAAGUUAAUCCUUUGGCAUCAAGCCAGAGUU